AUGUUGUGUCUACGCUGCUCUCAUGGUCUUAGGGCUACUCCAACUAUAACAAGGGCGCUUUCACAAUCCAAUGCUAUCGUUGUGAAAAGAACAUUUACUUCAAUCACGCCCCUCCGACCCACGUUAUCCUCCUCCGCAUUCAAACCCUCAACGUCUGUAGUCAUUCCUUCAGAAGCAGCACCUCUAGAUCUCCUUCCUAAGAUCUCAACCCAUCCCGCUUUGAGCACAACACAAUUACGUUGUGGACCAAGAAAUACGUUCAGUCCGAGUCACUUUGUUAGGAAGAGGAGACAUGGAUUUUUGAGUAGAAUUAGGACGAGGAAGGGGAGGGCGACUCUGCAGAGGAGGAAAUCGAAGAGAAGAAGUACUUUGAGUCAUUAGAAGAAGGGUAUUGGUGGUUGGAAUACCAAGAAAUAUAGCCAACAAUAUGAGAAAGCGGGGCAAUAUGAAGGCGGCUGUUUGGGAAGCUAAGGAUGAUGAGGGCAAUGAUGAUUCACAUGAUUGUACCGCGGCACAAUGAUGAAGCUAAUGCUACCACAGUGGCUGCGCCUCUGGAUUCCAACCUACAUGAAGUGUAAGAUAUUGAAGAUAUACAUGUUAAAAUCAGACUACGUACAAUUUGGGUGUGGGGACCCGGUCGCUCA